AUAUAUAUAUCUUUUGGCGCCCAACAACUCAAGAGCAACAACAACAACAACGACGACAACAACAUCAUUACAAUUUAAAGCUUUUCCAAGAAAAGUUUGCUGUAAAUAUUUAAAUUUAACACAGAAAUUUCGCCAGCAACAGCUGUUGUUAGUUUUUUUAAUUAAGUAUAUAUAGUUUAUUUAUAUACGUAUUGUUGUUCACCUAUAUUGUUAAACGCCCAAAAGCCAAUACGAAUUUACAAAAGCUAGUCAAAAAAAAACAAAAACAAAACCAAUCAAUAAUAGUUUACUGUGCGUAUGCGUAAUAUUUGAGACGUAUACGUAAUAUAUACUUAGCGAAACCAACUAGUCUAUAAGCCACGCGCGUUAUGAUGAAAAAUCUCAAUGGUAGAGCGCAUAAUGCGUGCUACCAGCCAUACUAUCAGCAGCAGUUGCAACUGCAGCAUCAGCAGCAACAGCAACAGCAGCAGCAACACCAACAACAGCAGCAGCAGCUGCAGCAACAGCAACAGCAGCAGCAGCAGCAACAGCAGCAGCAAUUGUUACGUCAGCAACAGCCCACACAGUCAGCCUACCAGCAACAACUUGCAAAGCAAUCAUAUGGUCAUAACAACAGCAACAGCAACAACAACGCCAACACGGCACGCAGCAAUAUGCACGCAACAACAGUUGCUGCUGUGAAUGCUAACGGCAAUAGCCACGCCAACGCCGCCAACGCGAACACUGCGACAGCCGCAAUGGCAGCCAUGUGCCAAAUGCAAAGCUUUUUAAGCCAGCAGCAACAACAGCAGCAGCAACAACAAUACAGCAACAAUUGUGCGCAUAUUAAUUAUAAUCAACAACAACAGCAACAGCAGCAACAACAACAACAGCAGCAGCUGCCUGCGGUAGCAGCAGCAACAACAAAUGGCGAUAAAUUAACGUUGGAUAGUGCCAGCGAAAUUGCAAACUUUUUGGCUAGUGAGCUUUUUAUGCAGCAGCUCGUUACAUUUGAUGGCAUGCAGAGUGCACCGACGCUGACAACGCCAACGCUGACGCCGACUACGCUGCGCACCAUUGAGGAGACCAUCUUUGAGCUGACCUCGGAGCCACAGAAUGUGCCUUUCCAGGCGGGCUUCAAGCCGCCGCCACUAACAUCCCUGGGCAACGUAACGAACAAUAAUACAAUCACGUCCACAACGGCUGGCGGCGCCACAUUGCCGCUGAUCAAUGCGAAUCUGAUCAAUUCGAAUCCGCAAUUCGAUUUGCUUGCCGUCAAUUGCAGCAGUGUGCCCGGCAGUGAUUCGGAGGACUCCAACGCCUCAUGGAACGACGGACAGCUGAACGAUGACCAAAGCACAACAGAUACUUCUAGUGCCGCGACAGACAGCACCUCGUAUCAGAAUGGCGGCCAUAUGAUGGGCAACAGCUCCAAUGGUGGAGCCAAUAAUUUCACGGCAGCCCUGGAGGCUGUCAACAAUACGGGACGCGGCUCGAUCCACGCGACCAAUUCAACUACCUCAAACAGUGCCACGCCGGCGCGUCGCGGCGGCGGACGUCGUCCCAACAAGGCGGCCAACAUGUCCCCGGAGGAGGAGGAGAAACGUCGCAUAAGGCGCGAACGCAACAAGCUGGCGGCCGCGCGUUGUCGCAAGCGACGCGUCGAUCAGACCAACGAGCUAACCGAUGAGGUCGAUGCGCUGGUAAAGAAGGGCGAGGACCUGAAAAAGGAGAUUGAGAAUUUGAAUGCGACCAAAAAUCAGUUGGAAUACGUGCUCCAGGCGCACAGCUCUACAUGCCAGAAAGUGCGCGACGAUCUACUCACCGUGGCCACGUGCAAUGGCCUGAUUGGGCCGACGACGUUGCUCAACGUAGCCAACUGCAACGCCAGCAACGUCAGCCUCCACAACAGCAAUAAUAGCAACAACAACAGCAAUAGCAAUGACAGCAGCAACGGCACCAUCACCGGCUUCGAUGCCACGCUCAAUUCGACCGGACGCAGCAAUUCACCGUUGGAUCUCAAGCCGGUGCUCACGGAUGAGCAGCUGCUGCGGCACAUCAAGCACGAACCGCAGGACGGUGCCAUCGAUUCGGGCUCAUCGCUGGAUCAGGAUGGACCGACGCCGGCCAAACGCUGCUUUGCGCUGCCCAACAUUGCCACAUUCAAUGCAUCUCUGCAAACGCCCACGGGCCCGGCUGGUGGCGCUUCAUUGAACACGCCCAUUUCGAGCACAGCACCGUCCAGCUUUGCGCACUUUAGCGGCGCCAUCAGCAGCCCCACACUGAACGCCCAUGCGCUGAACAAGCUGCCCAAGCCGCGUCCCAAUACGCUCAAUGUGAACGCCCAGCGUCCAUUUGGUAUCGCUGCCGCUGCUGCUGCUGCCGCUGCCAUCGAUGGCAAGGCACCGCAGACACAGAUUCAGGGCGUGCCCAUUCAGACGCCCUCGACGGGCACCUUCAAUUUCGAUUCGCUGAUGGAUGGUGGAACUGGACUGACGCCCGUGUCGGGUCCGUUGAUGCCCACCUGCUCCUCCCAGAACAAGCAUCCGCUGGAGCUGCCCACGCCCACAAGUGAGCCGUCCAAGCUGGUUAGCUUAUAACCAGUGUAGGGUGCGUGGCGGUGGCGCGCGUCGCUAACGAAAGUCAAACAUUACAUUUAGUUUAAUGCGUGUAUGCAGCAUGCAACAUGCCACAUGCCACAUGUGGCACCAAUUUAUGUGCAUAUGUAGUUUAACUUAACUAGAGUCAAACAUUACAUUUAGUUUAAUGCGUAAAUGCUGAAUGCCACGAAAGAAAGUCAAACAUAUAACCGUUAGUCUAAUGCGUCUAAUGCAGUAUGCAGCAUGCCACAUGCGGCAACAGUUAAUGUUCAUAUACAGAUUAACGCUUACAGUGAGCGAACGCUAAUUAAUUAAGAUUUUUACACAAUGUUUUCUCUUGUUUUGUAACGAUGUUUAUGAUUAUUCUAGCCCACGUUUGGCUAACUUAUUUAAUAUUUUACAUUGUUUUUCCCGUUAAA